AAGCGAUCGGCUUCGGCGAUCAUGAACGAGCUCACGCCACGGAAUGGCAGGAACAAGGAGCUGCUGGCGGUGUCGUUCGAUAGCAACAGCAACAGUGUGCUGGAGGCGACAGGACCUUCGGGACGCAAUGGCAAGGACUUGCUGGAUGAGUCCUACCAGCGCACGAAGGAGCUGGCCAUGAACAUUUCCAACGUGCAGCGAGCGGUGUUGGCCUCGCAGCAGCGCCCUGCGCCCCCAUUCCAUCUGCCCAACGGUCCAAGACAGAAUCCAAACCCGGACAUCCAGGAUAUCAUCACCGGUAUCGUGAAGCUGCUGAAUGGGAAUGUGAACGUGCAUGCUAACCCUCAACCGACUCGACGGCACUCGGCCACGCGCAUCAACAAUCGCGGACCGCCACGAAUCUCCGAGGCACAACCGCUUCCAAACGAGUACGAAGGAGAGCUGGGCGGUCCACCGACUUCCAACAGGCCCUUACUCCAACCUGACCAGCAGCAGCAGCAGCAGCAGUCCCAAGGACCCCGACCGGAUGGCCAUCCGGUGCGACCGUUUCUCACAGGCGUGCCUAUACCGGAGCAGAUCGUGCCCUCGAUGCAACAGACCUACCGGCCAGGAUUUGUGUCCCAGAACAGGCCACCCUGGCAACGGCCAAAGCCCCGCCCUCCGAUCUCCCCCAACCGGAGGCCGAUUCCGCCAUACAAACCGUACCCUAGCAAUAUCGACUAUCGCCCGGAUCUAGCGUCCAAUGGCGCUCCGAAUGGUGCUCCUGGUCCACUGCCCAUUCCCACCAGCAACGAGGGAGGCAAUGCGAUCGACAACGUCACCGAGAAGGUCAUCGAGGAUCCACCGUACGAGCUACCGACUGCUGACGGCGGGAAGUAUCCCCAAACAACGACCACUGACAGUGUGGUGGAGCUGGAUCCGGAAGUCACUACUGGAGCUGCCACGACGGGCGAGGCCGCAUUGGACACGGUGGGAAAGAUUCCCUCCAGUGCUACGGAAGUUCAGUACACGAUUGAAUCGGCAACCAGUGCAGCGAGUGUGAUGCCCCCGCAAGGUGCCGGGACAGAGUCCUACGAUCCGGAAGUAGUCCCAAGCGUGUACGAGAUAAACUCCAUCGAAUAUCUACCAUCGAGCGGUGUCCUGGAACCCACCACUACCACGAGCAUCUCGAGAUCGAGUACGACCACCACAACGAGCACGAUCGAGCCUUCCAUCAACGAGGACCACGAUCGGACGACGAUCACGCCCACGCCAUCCUUGGAUACCUCGAUGCUAAGUAGUACUUCGACAACGACGACAACGAUUCUAUCGACGACGAGCUCUACGCCCGUAACGAUUUCUCCUACGACAACGACACCGACGCUUGUUGCUGGAACAGCGAAGACACCUCCAUCUGCUCCUCCAACCGACUAUCGCUUCCAGCCACGCCCCGGACUGGUCCUUGAUGAUCCAGAUUUCAAACCUGGCGGUGGUGCUGGAGCCGGAGGUAGCAGCAACGCAAUCCGAACCCAGAAUUUGCCUGCAUUUGGAAGUCGCCCAGAGAUCUACACCGCACCUCCUCCUGGCACCUCCAACGGCAACGUUGGCCGACCGGCGAACUAUGGCGAAAUCUUUGACGUCACACUGUCCGCCAUCCAAGGGCCCGGAUCGGGUGGUUCCGGAUCGCAACAUACAGUCAAAAUCAAUCCUUACUACAAUCGACCACCACCGCCGCAGGAUGGCGGGGCAGGAGCCGAGGCCAGCAUCAUUCUUUCCGCCUCGGGCACCGAAGGCUUUGUCUCGAUCGACGGAAAACGGUCGUACAUCGAUCUGUUCGGCACGGAGACGGCCAAGAAGACAAUUGUAAGACCUCAACCGACUCCCACCCUGACGAACGGAGGAGUCCGGCCCACCGAACGGCCGAAACCCUCGAAGGUAAUGCCUCCUCCCCUGCAGCCCGGCAUCAUCGGCACGGGAUACGCCGUGCCAGAAACGGAAUCACCCGUGCACGCCAACGCACCGGCCACCAACAACGCAGGCCUGCCGCCACAUCGGGGCGCUCCGGCGAUUCAUGGCAGCCGGCCAAAGUACCCGGGUGGCUUGCCUCCGGUGCGCAUCGAUACGUGCAUCGUUGGGGACGAUUCCACCUGUGACCAGGCGCAGAACGAACGUUGCAAGACCGAAAGUGGCGUGUCCAGCUGCCACUGUCGGCCGGGGUACGCCCGUCGCAAGCACCGCGAACCGUGCCGUCGCAUCGUCUCCCUGAUGUUGUCCAUGCGCGUGGACAAAAUCUACGAACGGCGUAUCCACUGGGACCAGGCCCUAGCCGACCGGGGAAGCGAAAAGUACCAGCAGCUCAGCUACGAAGCCAUUCGUGCGAUGGAUUCGGCCAUGUCGAUGACGCCGUUCUCGGACGAAUUUCUCGAAGCACGCAUCAACAGCAUCUACACGAUCGCCUCAUCCGGAGCUGGCGGGGGUGGAGGAGCCGUCUUUGUCAACUACACGGUCAACCUGGACGAAAACGCCGAAACACUCCGGCCGGCCCUGCGCUCCGACAUCCAGCGCCAUCUGCUGGGCGUGAUCCAUCGACGUAACAAUAACAUCGGCAACUCGGCGCUCUACGUGGAGGCUCCGACGGGGGCCGUCUCGAGCGUGCAGGACGUGGACGAGUGCACCUCGGACGAGCUGAACGACUGCGACGAAGAGGCGCACUGUACCAACCUGUUCGGCACCUUCCGGUGCGAGUGCAACGGGGGCUUCCGGGAUCCGUGGGCCGACCAGCCGCAGCGAGCCGGUCGCGAGUGUCUUUCCUGCCCGGAAUCGUACUGCACCAACCGUGGCACGUGCAGCUACGACAAUGCCAACAACCGGCAGGUCUGCAAGUGCCUCGGAAGCUACUACGGCACGCAGUGUGAGAUCGACGGGGAGGUGCUUGGAGUGGCCGUCGGUGCGUCCGUUGCUGCCGUCAUCAUCAUCGUUCUGACGCUGAUUUGCUUGGUCAUGUGGAGUCGAAAAUGGCAACGCGAGCACAAAAACGCUAUGGGCAGUCCAGUAUUUGGUUAUCUUGGCAAUGGACAGGUCAAGACGCCAGUCAUGGGGCAAGCCCCCUACCAGGUGACACUGGAGGACCGGAUGCGAUGGGCACAGAUUGCGGAUGUAAUGGCUCAAGCGAAUCAUUACGCGGUAAGCUACGAAGCUGAACCCGUUUCUGGAGGAAGACCAUCGUCGGCCAUGUAUGGAUAUCCAAAUUUGCAGACCAUCGGCAGCAUGAACACGCUUUCGCUGCAUGGAACCCUUCCGAUGCACACCGGCACCUUGCCACCGGUUCCUUUGCCAAGAACGCUUGGACUGAAUCGGAACGGUAUGCGAACGUUAGAAAAUUCGAGCUCAAGCGAGGAAGAAGAUCGGGCUGAUCUGCUGGGGCGCAACUUCAACGUUCCUCGGCCCAAAAGUCGAAGCAAUGCGAGCGUCACGUCCGGUAUCUACUACGACGUGGACUAUGCACCAACGGGGGCUGAGCAGCUUUAUGGCGGCGGCAGCACACUCGGAGGAACGAUAGGGGUGGCCGGCGGUACCACGAAGUCGCAGAGUAGCAUACCAAUGAGUACCUACACCUCCACGGGACGUCCAGUACAAUCGACGUACUACAAGUAG